UUGUGUGUUUGUUUGUUUCAUGGGACUUGGAGGGCUAUACCCAGAGAGGAUCAGGGCUUACUCCUAUAUCUGCGCUCAGGAAUUGUUCCUGCCUGUCACUUGGGGGCCAUGUGGGAUGCUGAGGCUUGAUUGGGGUCAGCAAGGCAAGCAUACUACUGCUUUACUGUCUGUCAGACCCCAACAUUGGUGUCUUUUCCAGACCAGGAAUUUCUGCUCUCUCACCUGAAGUAGGAAACCACCCCCAACUCUUUCAUCUUUCCCUGACUGCGAAGACUUCUAUUGUCUAUUGGGUCUUUGCACUGAGCUUGCUGCUAAUCCCUGGGAAAAACAAAGGCAGAAGAUGGUGAUGCAUCCUCUGAUACACCGUCCCCAGGAUGUGGUGACCUUUACUGAUGUGGCCGUCACCUUCACCCCAGAGGAGUGGACGUGCCUGGCCACAUAUCAGAGAAAACUCUACAGGGACGUGAUGCUGGAGACCUACGAACAUCUGCGGGCCAUUGGGCAUUCUGGAUUGAAGCCUGCAGUGAUCUCCUGGCUGGAAGGAGGAGCCCUGAGGCCAGGGAGGAGAGGUGUGUGUGCAGAACUGAACCCACAGCUUCAGGAUUUGGCAUUGCAGCAAUUUGUUUUGGGAAUGGGAUCACCGGAUAUGAGUGAGUUGGGAAGCAGCCAGCCCCGGUGGAAUAUCUCUGAUCCUGCGCAGUGUCACAAAGUCUCGAGUGAGCAGUCGUGCCCUCAGCCCCAUGGGGAUGCUGAGACAGGCAGGAUGUCUUGUGAGGGUGAUCAGAGUGGAGAGAGCAACCUCACUCCGAAGAAGCCUUCCCCUGGGAAAAGCUACUCUGAGAGUGUUGCACUCAGUCCACGGACACAAGCCCCUCUGGGGGGGCAGCCCCUGGUCAGUGAGACAGGAGCACUGUUUGUAGCGAGUCCCCCAUGCCAACAGGCCCACAGACAAAGUCACCAUGAACAGAACCCAUCUAAGUGUAAGGAGUGUGGGGGAGCCUCCCCUUGUUCUUGGCAUCAUGGUGAUACCCACAGAUAUGAAGAUCCCCAGGAAUAUUACGAAUUUCUAUCCCCUCAGAUCAAGUAG